AUCUCGAUUAAAUGCAGCAAGCAUAGAACCGUCUCUCAGUGAGGGGUAAUUGAACACAAAUACCCCCUCAAUGAUACAAUGGAAGGCUCUGCAUCACUGAGGGACACACGAACAGUUGAUGAGAAAUAGAGAGAGAGACACUGGAGUAGGAUUGGGAAGGCCAAAGCCAAGUAGUGCAGUGUUUUAGAAGCACGAGGGGGGAAAAAUAUAAUGUCAGGCUGGUGUGUGUACAUUAAGUUGUCGGGUCUCGGCCAAGUUCGACAGCAUCACUUCCGACAUCGUCUUAAAUCGGCUCUUGGGGGUCGUCGUCUGUUCGGCGGUGCUAAAGUUAGACGUGGGAUCACUGAGUAAUAGCCUGACAUCACCUGCUUGGUCCAGGUCGAGGGUUCUCUUUUUUUCUGACAUCAACUUGAACGGUGGAGGCAAAAUCUCACCAAUGGAUUAACCCUGGCUCCAACUGUCUCAGAUAGCACAGAGAUGACUCUGCCGCAACCCAAGAUGCCCCGUCUCCACGCUCGACUCCUCUUCCUCCUCCUCCUCUUCCUCCUGCAGCCGCAGCCGAGCAAGGCGGCCGCGACGCCCAAGCCCAAGAGCCAAGCCUUCUGGCGCAAGUUCUGCGGCUUCUUCUGCCCCUCCCAGCUGAGCUGCGACUCGGAGGUCUACCUCAGCCCCCGGCAGCAGCUGGAGCUGCUGCAGAGCCAGGAGUUCCUGGACAUCCUGGAGCUCUUCCCGCAGAUCCUCCUGGAGAACGAGAAGCUCCAACACACCCCACUGGUGCGGCUGGAGGACCACCAGCGCGAUCUGAUCCUCCUGCGCUACAAGGAUUUCUUCCACCCCCAGGAGACCCUGCCGCUCGCCAGGCACAAAGUGGUCAGUCAGCUGACCAUGAACCAGCAAGGCUUUGAUAGGGAACCCAUCGCCGAGCCCCCACCCUAUCAAAACCAUGAACAAAACGAGAUACAUCUCACAGAGGAUCAGGUUCAAGAGCUGCUCCAGAAAAGCACCCAUCUGAAUACAGGUAAUAACCAUGGCCAUCAAAAUGCUCUUCCAGAAGAUGAAAUCCUUGGGACACCAAACUGGAACGAGGCCGAGGGCUUUAUACGUGAUUAUGUCAACAAGCAGCGCUUGCAGCAAUCUAUGGAGAAUCAUCUGCAAGAGGCAGAGUUGCCUCCUCAGGCUUCAGGCAACCAGGCAAGAGGAAAGGCUGCCCCCAAAACGAUCACAAGAAAGGAUAAACCCAUCGCCCUGAAUAUCAACCAACUUCAAGACCACGCGGCGCACUUGCACGUUGACCAGAUUCUGAAGGAGCUGGAGAAAAUGGGGCAUUCUUUUGACCUGGAUGACCUCGCGUCAGACCCAGACGGAGAUUCCCGGGACGUCCCACAAUCACAGCCAGAACUCCACAGAACUAUAGACUCCAACCCGACAGUACUAAGCCAGGACCCACCCCCAGGCGGGAAAAGCAGCCUGAACAGUAACUGCAGAAACCCCGCCCAUAGGAAAAGGCUCCGAGCGAAACAUGUCAAUCGGAUUACUCCUAAAAAAUCCCAAAACAGCAAGGAGCCUUACUCGGACUCACGCGCCAAAGGGACUGCGCAGGGGUAUUCCUACCGCCACCAAACAAAUCUGCCUUCUGAGCAAGCUUCAGAAUUCUUAAACAGUCCGCUGUCCUCAGAGUCUCAUGGUGCACAAAGGAGGACAGGCAAAAAAAGAACGUCAGGGAGUGAGUCCUCUUCCGGCCAGCGUGGCCACAGGCGGAGGCAGCGACUCAGCCCUGCCCAGUUUGUGCAUGAACCAGGCGGGGAGGACAAGCAGGCAGGAAGGCACCAGGGGGACGCAGGGUCCCAAGAGGUGGCCAAGAGGCACUCAAGGAGAAAAAGGGAGGUGUUCAGCCUGCAGGUGUGCCCUGUGGUGGAGACGUGGUCCAAUAUAGUGCUGGCCGAGACAGCAAACGGGACGCUGGUACAAAUAGCACAGUUUCCCGAGGUCAACCUGGAGCAGUGGUUUCUGGAGGAGCGCUGCCUGUACGAGGAGUCGCAGAUCAUCCAGGGCGUAACCUGCGAGAUUCGGGAGCGGCUGGUGGAUGCCGUGGUGAUCCCGGUGGUCGACCCUUCCCAGCCCAUCCAGCGGACCAAGAUCAAGGUGGACUGCUGCAUGAGCAUGUUCAACAUCGACUUAGGCUAUUAACGAUGCCGCGCCUCGUAGUCUGUAGUGUGUGUUAUGUGCUGUGUGUGGGGGCUAGAAAACUUUUGGCUAAAUUAUUUUGGGAUUCUGAUCAUUUCCGUGUCUUUGAUUUUAAUGAAAAUUUCAAUUAAGUGAAUGGUAUUUUUCCCCUUUCUCAGAUAAAUAUUUGAUGUCAGUUGGCAAUGUAUUCAAAAGGUGAGGCCCUGAACUUGGUGGAAGUUACCAAAAAAGGAAGAAAGAAAAGGGCCUGCAUGUACAUUUCAAAUCCAGAAAGUGUCUGACUAAAAGGUUCCACAUUGCCAGCCAUGGUAAUGGUGAUUUCGACAAAAGGUUUUGUUCGAAACAGGGAGGAACAUUUACGACCCACUAAUGGUUGGAUCAUCACUUGUAAGGCAAAAUGUUAAUGCCGUUUUAGGCACACCUCGCUCUCUCGCAUGCUUCGUCCACAUUUCCCUUGUUUGAAAUGAGCUGAGUCACAGGAACUACGGUCAUCACAAGAAUUGAAAGAAGGCUAAAAAACACCUCUGUGACAAACUGCACACAACUGCACAAGCCUCUUGAACUUGAAUUUAACUUGGGUAAAAUUUGUUGACAUUAUUCGUCUGCUGUUACAUCAAUCUCCUCUGACCAAAUCUGUUAUUCAAUAUUCAUAAGUACCUCAGACAGUUUCCUAUUCAACAAUGUGCGCGUGGAACUCGCCAAAUGCGCAAGUCCAUAUAAGGAUAUUCUUCUAGACUACUUGCACAAGGAAUAUCCCAUCAAAUGGACGGGGGGUGUUUG